AUGAAUAUCAUCAAGCUGGGUCGUUGGUUGAAAUUCGGCACCACAGCGUGCAAUUCCCCGCGAGUUCCAAUUUCGACUUUUCGCGCCAUCCUGUCGUGUCAAAAAUCUUCUCACUUUCUCAUCUAUUCCAUGUCGACGCUGCUGAAAGCUCUGGCAUUUUCACCGCAUUCUGGCGAUGGAGUUGCUACCAAGCGAGACUUCUCGACUCUGGCUGCUCUCAAGAGCUCUCAGGAACCGAAAAAAGACACUCACUCCCACUCCCAUAACGGGGUUCCUUGCGGCCACUCUCACUCCCACUCCCCAAAACCUACUGUUCGCGACGAGCAUCACGAACUAGGCCAUACUCACGAACAUGGAGUCCACUCUCACGAACACUCCUCUGACCACGGUCACUCCCAUGGAAUUUUUCACUCCCACUCCCAUGGUCACAAUGAGCUCUUGACGUCGGGUUCUUUGUCAAAUCCAGCCGUGCGAAUAACCUGGGUCGGUCUCUUUGUCAAUAUCGGCAUGGCAGCGUCUAAAGGUGUGGGUGGUGUCUAUUUCCACUCGCAAGCUCUCAUAGCAGAUGCCAUCCAUUCGGUGUCCGAUAUGGUGGCAGACUUCCUUACGUUGGCCACGGUCAAUGUCUCUACCAAGAUCGGGACUCCAACGAAAUUUCCCUUAGGAUACGGCAAAAUUGAAACCGUGGGAAGUGUUUUCGUGCUGGGUAUUCUCUUGUUCGCGGGAGUUUCCGUGGGAUGGUCUUCGCUUCUUCAAAUUUUCGAAUACACCUUGCCUGCGUAUUUGUACGAAUACGUCUCGAUGGUUCAAAUUGGCCACAGCCAUUCUCACGCUGUAGACUUGGGCCUGCUGAACUCACCUGCCCAUUCUCAUAGCCAUGGCACCACCCAAAUUGAAGCAGAGCCGGCAUUACCAGCAAAACAAAUUCCCAAUAUCAAUGCUGCUUGGUUGGCAGGUGGCUCCAUUAUCGUUAAAGAACUUCUUUAUCGUAAAACUAUGAAGGUGGCUGAGCUGACAAACUCAAAGGUGCUUGUGGCUAAUGCUUGGCACCAUCGUGUGGAUUCGUUGACGGCAUUUGUGGCUCUUCUCACCGUUGCCGGUGGCCAUAUGUUCAACGUAGCAUGGUUGGAUUCCGUUGGUGGUUUGUGUGUUUCCAUGCUUAUCAUAAAGGCUGGGUGGAAUACUUUCAAGACUUCAUGUAGCGAGCUCAUUGAUCGCGGUGAACCUCAAACUAGUGAAGUUUAUGCCACCAUUGAAUCGGCUAUCCAAGAUGAAAUCUCUAUAGCCCAGGAUCCAUUCGAGGUUACUAACCCCAUCAACCUCCAAUUGAAAAAGCUCUCAGUCAUCACAUCUGGAGCAAACACCAACAUCUACAUCACAAUUGCAACCUCGUCAAAAGAUCUCAGGAUUUCCGAAUUGAACGAAUUUGAAUCUCGUUUGGUGAAAGCCGUUAAGAGAGACGACAAGUUUGUUAAAAAUGUGUUUGUCAUGUUUAAAUCGCCUGGUGCCCAGUAA